AUCAUACUGACUCUGCUAGGCCUUUGGCGACCCAUCGAUUGGCGGGGCUGCAAGUCUUUACUUUACAAUACUUACACCUGCUUUAUCAUCUUCAAAAAUAUUUUCUUCAUAACAACUGAGUUUACAGACAUAGCUUUAUCCAGCAAGACAGUCGACGAUUUCACUCAAGGUCUCGCCAAAAUGUUGGGAGUCGUCGCUGCAACUGGAAAAAUAUUUGGAGUUAUUAUAAACCGUAAUUUAAUUCUAGAAGCUAUUAACGUUUUAAAUUUGAAACCUUUUAAAGUUAGCGACGACCAUGAAGAAGAUAUUCUGAAGAAAUACGUAAAACUUUCAAAUUUAGUAACAUAUUUUUCUGUUGCUUUUUACACAGUUGCGGUAGCGAUUAUAGAAAUUCCUGGCGUUCUGCCUUACAGGGCAUGGUUUCCUUAUGAUUAUACAAGGAAAAAUGUUUUUCUGGCAACUGCUGUUCAUCAAUUGUAUACAUUUUUUAUCGAUUCGUGGGUUCAUGUUGCCUUCGACACUCUUUACGUAGGAUCGAUGCUGUUAGUCUCCAGUCAUAUAAGUGUUCUGGAGUAUCGCCUUGGAAAAACUGUCUUCGAUAUGAACAAAAUUAGUGAUUUGGUGGUGAACACUGAUGUCGUUAAUAAUGCAUGUAAUAUUCUCAUCGCUGAAUGGAUUAAUCAUCAUAAUGAAGUUUUGAGGUACUCCAGAGAAGUCCAUGAAAUAUUUUCACGAGCAAUACUUCUAAAUUAUUGUUUAAGUUCAACUCAAAUUUGUAUGACUGCCUACAGCUUAGCGAAUCUUUCUGCAAGUUCAAGCGAGUUUAAAAGUGAAAUGAUAUUUUUUAUUGCAUUGGUAUUGCAAAUAUUUAUGAUUACUAUGGCAGCUCAUCAAGUUAUCCUCAAAGUACAUCUAAAUUUCUCAGCGUACAAUACCGAUUGGACAAACUUAAGCAUAAAAACAAAAAAAUCAUUUGUCUUCAUUAUUUUACAAACAUUGAAGCCUGUUGUAUUUUCACUGGGAUAUUUUGUUAAUUUAUCGCUCGAGACAUUCAAACAAGUGAUAAAAUUGUCUUACUCCAUUUAUAAUCUUCUCCAA